GCUUAUUCUAGGCGCAGACCAACCGUUUCUAAGUUUCCGAUCUAGUUUUCUCUUUGGGGUUGCUGAAAAAGAGCAGUGGCAAUGACAGAAGUCUUUUUUUUUGUCUGUUGCAUUUUCUUUCAAUUAUUGGGGGGGUCACAAGGUCCAGAAUUGUGUCUUAGUUAAAGAAGCUCCCGGCCUUUUUGCGGUCUCCAGUAAUUCAGGGCCGGCGUGGUUCCCAUCUGCUGAUCUGCAGCUUCUGGCGGGGUUGUUUACAGUAGGAGAGCCCCUGGUUUCAGGCCUAGGCUUGGUUGGGAGGACCAUGGCUUGGUCGGAGGAAUCCCCCCUCCGGUGACUGGGAGCGAAGCGGGUUGUUGGGGGAGGUGGGGGGUUUGCUGUGAACACAAGCAGAAUCAUUUGAAUGCUUGAAUGUAGAUUUUGUUGGGAAACUUUGAAAUGCCUCCAUGUGCAAUGCUACAGUAGGUACUGUUUAGGUGGAAUCGUGCUUGUUAUAAUUUUGGCAACAGAAGUAUCCAAAACUCAGCAAUAAAAGAACUAUCAACAUGGCCAAAGAUAUUGGGGUAAGAGAAACUAAUGGCGAGAUCAAAGUUUUUACAGAUCAGAAUGUUAGUCCAGCAAAAAUUGCAUUAGUGACAGUAGCAUCUUCGCAUCUCAUAACCCCAGGGAAACAAAUUUUGCCAAAAACAUUGGGGCUAUCAAAUGUUAGUAAUGCUCCUCAGAUGAUAAUCAGUACUCCUCAACGGACACCAACAACACCUACUCUAUUAUUGAGUAGCCCUCAUGGUCCUAAUGUGCACAUGAUAACUCAGGGUGAGACAUCGGACUCUUCUCCGUGGAGUACAGGUAAAAGGAGCAAAAAGGGUGAAAAAAAUGGCAAAGGAUUGCGGCAUUUCUCAAUGAAGGUUUGCGAGAAAGUGCAGCAGAAAGGAACAACUACCUACAAUGAAGUGGCAGAUGAGCUGGUGGCAGAGUUCAGUAAUACAAACAACCACGAAUCGGGCUCUGAUGAACAGGGAUAUGAUCAAAAAAAUAUAAGGCGUCGUGUGUAUGAUGCGCUGAACGUGCUCAUGGCAAUGAACAUCAUUUCUAAAGAGAAGAAAGAAAUCAAGUGGAUAGGACUUCCCACUAACUCAGCUCAAGAGUGCCAGAAUCUAGAGAUGGAGAAGCGGAGGAAAAUGGAGAUGAUUAAGCAAAAGCAGUUACAACUUAAGGAGUUGCUUCUGCAGCAAAUUGCCUUUAAGAAUCUGGUUCAACGAAAUCGCCUUGUAGAACAACAAUCUGGCAGAGUUCCUCCUCCCAAUACUGCCAUUCGACUGCCCUUCAUUUUAGUCAACACCAGCAAAAAAACAAUCAUAGACUGCAGUAUCUCUCCUGAUAAGUUUGAAUAUUUUUUUAACUUUGAUAAUACAUUCGAAAUCCAUGACGACAUUGAAAUUCUUAAGCGAAUGCGAAUGGCUUUUGGAUUGGAGUCUGGUGGCUGUUCUGCUGAGGAACUGAAGAUGGCGAAGAGCUUAGUACCCCAAGUCCUGGAACCAUACGUAAUAGAAAUGGCUAAAGGAGUGCAAAAUGUCAGCUCAGGCCCAAGUUCAGUAGCAGCAUCUGCAUCUUCGUCAAGCUUCCAAUCUAGCAGAGCAUUUGGUGCCAGUGAUGCAAUACAAGCCUUACCAACUGAUACCGAAGUGGCCUUAGCGACUAGUCAAGCACAAGGAAGUUUAAAUGGUACACACGUUCCUGAUCCCAGAAUGGAGACUCCUAUGUCGUAUAUUGGUGAUGAUGAUGAUGAAGAUGAUGAUGAUGAUGAGGAGUAUGAAUGAACUUAAUGAUCAUUCUACAUGUAUUCCUAUUUUCUGUUGCCUUUAAUGGCAUCUCCGGAAAGAAUUGUCUCUGAGGCAGAGACUUUAAGAAUUGUUAUUUUGACUUGUGAGGGGUUUUAACUUAAUUCUAUUCUCUUCUAAUUUAAGCAUAAGAAACAUUGAAAACAGAAUUGUCAAGAUACUUUUCUGAAUGCAGGAACAACAGUUGAACAUUUUUAGAUGAUUUUGCUUCUCUGUUGACUUAUUACUGCAGCAAGUGCAGCUAUAAAAGCUACUAGUCGCUCAGUCACAUUUUGGAACAAUAUUGCAGUAACAUCUGUAGCUUCAAAAGUGCUACCGAGUACUGAUGUUUACAUGUUUUUUCUUUCUCGGCUGAGCUGCUGGUUUAGCACCUUACGGCAACUAUGUCCCACUAAGGACGGGAAAGAAAUGGAGAUAGUUAUUUCCCCUCCUACAAGUUCGCCGCCUGUUAGAUGGCAUUGAAAGCAGUUGUGGACGGAGUCGUUAAUGUUCCAUCCUUUCAGCUUGAUGUUUUGAAUGAAAUUCGGAGUAGAGGAGAGAGGAUUUUAAAACAAAUGUUAGUACAGAAAAUAAAUUGAAGUGUUACUUGUACUUUAAAGGCUUUGUGCUGCUGCCAGAAAACUUUGUAAAAAGCAAUCCUGUGAUUGGUUUUAGAAUUUCUGGUACUAGGUCAAUAAAUAGUGCAUUAUAUAGUUCUAUUUAGUAUAUUCCUGGAGCAGCAGUAAUGUAUGAAGUACUUUUAAAGCUUGACUUCACCGUUCAAACAUAAGUAUAGUGGUGUACUCACUGAGCAGAUGCAGAUCUUUUUACCCAUCUUAUCUUUGUAACCACCUACAAAUAAAUGCUGAACAAAG